UCCAGAGGCGUGCCCAGCGAUGAAAAAACAUCCAGUCGUAUUUUCUCGGCGAAGGAUGUCAUACUGUCCGAAAGGAAAGAACAGACCAUUAAAAGGGCAUUAAGAAAAAACACCAUUCAAGUUACCAUGGCCACACUACCAAGCAGGCGAUUCUGUCUGUUGGCUUCGGCGAUGGCGCUGUUCAUCCUGGAGGCUGAGGGCUGUCGUGUUGGCAACUGGUCCGAGUGUGAAAAGGUUCCCUUCGUCCCGGGCCACAACCUGGCCGGUGAAGGUUUUGACGUUGUGCGGAUGCGUCGAACCGGGGCGUACGUCAUCAACGUCAAAGAUCACCUGAGCGCCAAUCGCACCUGCACGCUCUGUCCCAAUCGAUUCCACGCCGGACAGGUGGAGAAGCUCCCAGCGGUGGUGUUGGACUGGCGGCAUUUCAGACACUGCAGGAAGCAGCUCUCCGGCGCCCUGCACCACUCAGUGGACUCCCUGAUUAAGAGCUCCAGCUCCAUGGUUAAAAAUACCUGGGGCGUAGGUCUGAGCCUGGAGGAUGUGGGCAAGGCCGUGCUUGGCGGUAGCCGCUCAGAAAUGGCCAAGUUCGCCCAUUCGCAGAACAGCUUGGACAAGGCCACGUUCGCUGUCCACGAGAUCAGCUGUACCUACUACAGCUACAGACUUGCUGACCACCCUCAGCUCAGCAAAGAGUUCUCCAAUCAUCUGAGACGCCUCCCACAGAGCUCUGGUUCUCCCAAGAACAGAGCACUAUACAGACGACUUAUAGACACCUACGGAACACACUACAUACACCAGGUGAAACUCGGUGGUACAGUAAGGAGAGUCACGGCCUUCAGGACCUGCCUGGCCACAUUGAAGGGUUUCUCAGAGUUUGAGAUCAAGAACUGCCUGAAUAUUGAACUGAAGAUGUCCCUGGGUUUCCUACCCCCCAACACCUCCUUCUCCAACACCUUCUCCAACAAAUGUGAUACCCUCAUCAAGGGCAACGUGAACAUGGGCUUCUACCAAGGAUUCAUGACCCACAAGAUCGAAGUCAUUGGUGGAGAGAGGUAUUUCCCAGGCAUCCCCUAUGACCAAGAUCCAUCAGAGUCCUACCACAGCUGGAUCAACAGCCUCCAUGACAAUCCUGAUGUGGUUUCCUAUGCCAUAUUCCCUCUGCACCAUCUGGUGGAAGACCCAGAGGUCAAGGAGAACCUCAAGAGUUUUGUCACGGAAUACAUCAAGGAAAACCGGCUUAAGGAAGAACACCUGGGUCCUAAGAACUGUUCCCCGAGCCCAAACCUGGACCACAACUGCUGCCCGCUCCGGGCAGGAAGGGGGACGCUGAAGUUGGAGAUUCACCGAGCAGCAGGUCUAAUUGGGGACCGAUUCACACAGGCCGACGCCUAUGUGAAGAUCUUCUACAACAACAUUUAUGAGGAGACGGUGACGGUGAUGGACGACGAUGACCCCGUGUGGAACGCCAAGUACGACUUUGGCUCUGUGGAGAUGGGCUAUCAGCUGCGGUUCGAGGUGUGGGAGAGGGAUGUGUUCUUUGAUGACGAGGCAGGGAGAUGCGUGGUCUUCCCAGAGCGAGGCACUCACUCUCUGAGCUGUCAAUUAAACAAGGGAGUUCUGUACUUCACCUACACUUCAACUUGUGAUCCCCACCUUAUCGGCGACAGGUGCGGACGUUACUCGCCCAAUGCAGAGUAGAUGAAUGUACUCGUACUUUUUUUAAAUCUAUGGGAUUAUUGGUAUAUUAUAUAUACUAGAGUUUCCGCACGCGCAUUGCAAGCUCAACCUCAAGUUGUAAUUAAACCCAUAACAAUAAUGUGGAAACCCCAGUCGAUAAUGAAACAAAUUUCUGAGCGCAGAAUAUAAUAACAUUUUGGCUAUAAUGUUAAAACAUAAUAUUUUGAUUCACCUAUUAAGUAAGAAGCAAGCAUAAUAAUUGUCUCCUCACGUUAUUAAGCAUGCAUAAUCAUUUUCUACCUAUAAGCCGUUUUCACAAAUUUUUGCCGCAUUAGUAUAUCGGAAGAUUCUACCCUGAGGGUGAUUGACACUGAUUGCUUUAUACGUGGACAUCGAUGUCGUUAGACAUCAGUAGAAUCAACGGGGGGUUUAGGGGGGUGGGCUUGCAAUGAGAGGAAUAUGACGUACGGUCUAAGUUCGCAAGAGGCGGGAUAAGUGUGGCCGCUGUCACUGUAGUUUGUUUGACCGCAGACAAAAUAGAGGCAGAACGGGCAGAACUCAUCGCCAUCAUUUUAAAUGUUGCUAAAAUGAUGCAUCAUAUAGUCCGUUGCAUUCACAACAUCCGAAGCAUCGAUCGAUGAAAGAUUGGAGCAUGAGUUGGAGACAAAUAGAAGUAACGACAAAGAAGAAAGGUGUCGCGAACGACACCUUGCGUUACCGGAGAAAGGGAGCGUAUAUUUUUGCUUCAUUUCACAUAUAACACUUAGACAAAUGUAGUUGAUUUCUGUGUUUAUCUGAGAAAACAGGGAGUGCAAGGACGGGACCUUAUAAUGUUCAGUUAUUACUGACUGUUGUCAGUAAUAAUAAUAAAAAAAACAUUUUCUAAACA